GGUGGCGCUGGUGUGCUUUAUGCUGCUUUGAAGCCACUGUUGCUCACCGGAGAAGAAGGAUGAACCUUGAACCUUCCUGUUGAAGAGGACAAGCUACACUCUGAUCCAUAUGUUAACAUGAUGAUACUAAAAUCGACCGAACUGGGAUAGUGACAAAGUCCGGUUCAGAUGUUCACGAUCAGGUGCACUUUGGGAUCAUCGGCAAAGUAUUUGGUGUCGUUUCCGGCUUUGAGACACAAGAUUAAACUGCAAAACAGGAUGUCCAGCUCACCUCACCCGCUGGCUGCAGUCUGUCAGGUGACAGCUACCCCUGACAAGGAGGCCAACUUCUCUGCCUGCAAACAGCUGGUGGAGGAAGCCAAGCAGCGAGGGGCCAGCAUGGUCUUCCUGCCUGAGGGCUUUGACUACAUUGGAUCCAGCAGAGAGGAGACGCUGUCACUCUCAGAGAGCCUGGCAGGAGACACGAUCUCAAGAUACACUCAGUUGGCCAGGAAGCUGGAGUUGUGGCUGUCUCUUGGAGGAUUUCAUGAGCGUGGACAUGACUGGGAGGCUGACCGACGAAUCUACAACAGUCACAUCAUAAUCAAUGACAGAGGGGACGUCAUUUCAGUCUACAGGAAGUCCCACUUGUUUGAUGUGGAACUGCCAGAAAAAGGCGUGUCCCUCAAAGAAAGCUCCUUCACCAUUCCUGGACCCUCCCUCGUGACCCCAGUCCAGACUCCGAUCGGAAAGGUGGGCUUGGGGAUCUGCUACGAUCUAAGAUUCCCUGAGUUAUCGGUCGCCCUGCAAAGACACGGGGCCGAGAUCCUGACAUACCCAUCAGCCUUUACUGUAGCAACAGGAGCUGCUCACUGGGAGGUGUUACUCCGCGCACGGGCGAUUGAGACCCAGUGCUUCGUCCUGGCGGCGGCGCAGGUUGGACGGCACCACGAGAAGCGCUCGUCAUAUGGCCACGCCCUGGCAGUGGACCCCUGGGGCGAUGUGCUGGGUGACUGUGGAGGGGAGAAGCCAGGUUUGGUGCUGGUGGAGGUGGACCUGGGGAAAGUCAACAGGACAAGGAGGAACAUGCCGGUCCAGCAGCACCGCAGAGACGACGCCUUCUACCACAGCCUGCCUCAAACCUGAGAGCAGCAUCCAGGCUGUUUAUAAAGAGCCUGGUGGGAAUACAGUCUGAAACAAAGAAGGCAGGAUGUUGUCUUUAAUCGCUGCAGAGGGGCUGAACUGAAUAAGAUGUCUGUUUUCAUUUCAUACUUCACUCAUUCCUUGGAGAUGAAAAAAUUAAUCACUGUGGGCUCAGAAUCACCAGACUGAGGUGGAGGAAAUGUUGGUUUCCUGUGAGGAAAGAAACAGCCAGUAUUUUCAAAUCAGUAGUUACCACACAUGGAGGAAGUUCAAACACAAAGUAGUUUUCGCUGCUCUUGAGGUGAUGGAGAAAUUUGAGGUUUAGUGGUUUAAACUUUGAGUCAUCACUGCUGUAGAUCAUCUCAUUUCUAGUUUUUAAAGCUCAUUCACAGCCUUUUAGCUCUAACAAUAAAGAAAAUCAAGUAAGUGGCAUUACUCCUGCUUGUCAAUAGAUGGUGCCAUUGGCCAAGGAAACACCAAAGGCUUCCAGUAUGAGAACAUAUUGUGAAAUGUGUGAUAUAAAAGGGCUGUUAACAUACCUGUAGUGUUUUCCAGAGUUAAUUUCUUAUCAUCUAAAGAAUAUAAAAUCACUACACUUGGUUUGUCUUCUUGUGUUCUGUAAUAAAUGAUUUCUUUGCUUUUGUUCAGUGGUGAGGGUCUGACGGUAUGGAAAUGUCACCUGCAUCCAGAAACUGUAUGCAAAAUAGCUCUAAAUAUGGAUGUUAAUAUGAUCAGCUGUCCUCUAAGAUUUUACACUUCUGGGUUUUAUGUUUUGGAAUGAAAAAACAAAACACAGAGCAUGUUAUUGUGUCCCUGUGCCUGACUCAAAGUAGCUCACAAACCUUUGCUUAACAUAUAAUAAAAUUUGGGAAAUUUU